GGAGGCGGGAAGGGCGGGAGGAACGGCGGGGGCCGAGAGACGGCGAGUUCGGGGGGAGAUGGAGAGGCAGGAGGAGGAGGAGGAGGAGGAGGAGGAGGAGGAGGAGGAGGAGGAGGGGGAGCGGAGGAGGCGAGCGAGGGGGCCGCCGUGGAGGGGAUCCCGUUGAAGAGGUGGCUGAUGCACGGCGCGGUGAUGUUCGGACGGGAGUUCUGCUACGCCAUGGAGACGGCCCUGGUGACGCCCGUCCUGCUGCAGAUAGGCCUCCCGGAGCAGUACUACAGCCUCACCUGGUUCCUGAGCCCCAUCCUGGGCCUGCUGGUCACGCCCCUGAUCGGCUCGGCCAGCGACCGCUGCACGCUGGCCUGGGGCCGCCGCCGGCCCUUCAUCCUGGCCCUGUGCGUGGGCACCCUGCUGGGCGUGGCCCUCUUCCUCAACGGCUCUCUGAUGGGUCUGGCGCUGGGUGACAAGCAGGGCAGCCAGCCAAUAGGGAUCGUGCUGACGGUGCUGGGGGUGGUGGUGUUGGACUUCAGCGCCGACGCCUCGGACGGCCCCAUCCGAGCGUACCUCCUGGACGUGGCCAACACGGAGGAGCAGGACAUGGCCCUGAACAUCCACGCCGCAUCGGCCGGUCUGGGCGGGGCGGUGGGCUACGCCCUGGGGGGCCUGGACUGGACCCACACCUUCCUGGGUCAGAUCUUCAAGUCCCAGGAGCAGAUCCUCUUCGUGUUCGCCGCCUUCUUCUUCACCAUCUCCGUGGUGCUGCACCUGCUCAGCAUCGACGAGCAGCAGUACUCCCCGCAGGGCGACCGCAUCGACCAGGAGAGUCCAGAGCACCCCCACGCUUUAACCUCUGGGAAGACUGGUGCUGCUCCACAGCUGACCAUGAUCGGCGAAGAUGAGCUGAUGGACAGCUACGGCCUUUACGACCCGUACGAAGACGACCAAUCGGAGAAUGGCAAUGUAGACAUAGACUUCCGGGAGGUGGAGCUUAUUCGGAGUAAGAGCGACAGCGUGCUGGCCAUGGCCGACGCCACCCUGGACCACAUGGACCACAUGGACCACCUGGACCACGAGACCCUGUUCCUGCAGCAGAUCGAGCCCUCCAUCUUCGCCGACCACCUGUCCUCCUACCACGGCUCGCCCACCCGGACCCUGUCCUUGUUCUCCCACCGCGGCUCUCCCCCGCCGCCCCCGGACCACCUCCACCCCGAGGAGAACCCCGAUGCCGACAGCCGGUCCCACACGCCGGUGGCCCGGGUCUCCCGCCUCUCGGCCUUCCUGCAGGAGAUGGACAACGACGACGGCCAGGAGGCGCUGCUCAACAACCGGCUCAGCGAGCAGCACACGCCCAACGGCCGGCUGCUGGCCAACGUGGGGAACGCUAACCAGGCCAGCGUGAACGGGAUCAGCGCUAAGGGCCAGGCGCACAAGGCCGGCAUGGUGAAAGCGGCCAGCACGGGCGCGCCGGCCCGCCAGCAGCAGCAGCUGGCGCUGUCGUCGCGGCGCCACCACACCUUCUACCGCCAGCCCUCCUGCACCUUCUCCUACUACGGCCGCGUGGGCAGCCGCCGCUGCCGCCUCAGCCACCAGCCCCGGCGCCGCGGCCACAACCCCAACGCCACGCUGCUCAUCAAGCCCUCGCGCAGCAUGAACGACGUGUGUGAGGUGGAGGAGGAGCGGAGGCACCACCACCACCACCACCACCACCAGCAGGGGGGGCAGGGCAGCAGGGUGAACGGGGGCAGCAGGAGGCUCCGCCACCAGAGCGUCCACACCGCCUCCUCCUCCAGCGGGGACACGGAGAGCGACGUGGAGGUGGAGACCACGGUUCAGCUGCUGUGGAUGUCCAUGCUGAAGAUGCCCCCGGAGCUGCUGAGGCUGUGUGUGUGCCACCUGCUCACCUGGUUCUCCAUCAUCGCCGAGGCCGUCUUCUACACAGACUUCAUGGGACAGGUCAUCUACCACGGAGACCCCACGGCGCCGGUUAACUCCACAGCGCUAGAUAACUACCACAGAGGAGUCCAGAUGGGUUGCUGGGGGCUGGUCAUAUACGCCAUGACAGCUGCUGUAUGCUCGGCCAUCCUUCAGAAGUAUCUGGACAACUUUGACCUGAGCAUCAAGGUCAUCUACCUCGUUGGUACUCUGGCGUUCUCCGUCGGCACUGCCGUCAUGGCGAUUUUCCCCACCGUCUACGUUGCCAUGGUGAUGAUCAGUAGCAUGGGGGUGAUCUCUAUGAGCAUCUCCUACUGUCCCUAUGCCCUGCUGGGCCAGUACCACGAGAUCAAACGGUACGUCCACCACAGUCCCGGUAACUCCCGCAGAGGCUUCGGCGUGGACUGUGCCAUCCUAACCUGUCAGGUGUACAUCAGCCAGAUCCUGGUGGCGUCGGCGCUGGGCUCGGUGGUGGAGGCGUGCGGCAGCGUGCGCGUCAUUCCCAUGGUGGCCUCCGGGGGCUCCCUGCUGGGCUUCUUCACCGCCCUGUUCCUGGUCAUCUACCCCGCGCCCCACGGAGGGGAGGCGGAGUCAGCUAAGGCGCUGGAGAGGCGGGCCUUGACAGCGCCGGAACAGACCAAUGGCAACCGAUUGUCGGUCAGUGUCGUCAUAGAUACACCAAGCUUCCUGAGGCUCGGCAAGAAAACCAGUACGGUCACCACAACCACCACCACCACCGACAAUUCCACUCCCUGUCACCUGGGCAACGAGUCUGCUCUGUGAUCGUUUGGCUCCCCUGGAACAGGGCGGGACCCUCGCAGAGAACUGUUGAGAUGGCCGUCGCAGAAAUCAAUACGAUUGACUCCAUAACCAAGGGAACCAGCAAUCGAAGGAGACCCGCCUCUUUGUCCGUUUGUCUUCCAGCCGAGAGUGACGAAUGCGAAGAACAUUGACCUUUCCAAAUAGCGUUCCAAAAGGAGGGGAGAAGAUGGGACCUCUAGCUGACACUGGCCGAUCUAAUACCUCCUAUUUCGGGCCUUUAGUUUUUUCCGUGGAUGUUCAAACCAACGUAUUCAUUCUGGCUCGGGACCGGCGGAGUCGUCGCGACCUGAUUGGUUCAGCACGAGUCCUGGCCAGCCGUCAACCAAUCACGACAAGCCAUCAACCAAAUUCCUCUCCUACACAUCCGACAAAAUAACCUGCUCUAAAGGAAGAUGUGUGUGUUUUUGUGUGUGAAAGAUCCAUUUAUAUCACUCAGGGCCUCUAGGGGGUGCUAACGAGCAACCACCUGGACAGUAAUCUUCAGGGGACUUUGUUUUACACACAUACACAUAUACACACAUACACACACACACACAUGCGUGAUCCAUCCCUCGGGAUUACGGUUGAGGUCAAUGGUGGACAACGUUGACUAGCUGAUAAACUAACCCUCUCCCUGAAAGCUGCAAUUAUGGGAAAAUAACAUCGGAGUUCUUCCUCACCGAUUGGGACUACAGAUGACGAAAAUUGUGUUGGAAUUAGUCUGUUGGUCCGAAAACAGGCAUCGCACUAAACCACACGGAACCAUGGGACAUAAGACAAUCCGUGCUCUGCUCUGUGGAAGAAACGGGAUCAGGUUACUGUCGCUUUAAGACUUUUGAACAGCAAUGUUUCUUCAGACAUUUUGGGACUUUUGGCCUUGUUUAUGAUCCAAAAAAAACCUCUUCUCCGAUGGCUCAGCGUAAU